ACUUCAUCUUCAAGAACGGCAGCUCCACCGUCGUCCCACAGGUUGGCGGAAUGCUAGCGUAUGUCAACUUCUUGUCGUGACUCCUCUUCGGCACCUGACUCUGACCUAGAUACUACCUUCUCUAUGGCGAAAAUGUGAAAGCUUUCCCCAAGGACUUCAAGAUGCUUGCGGGCGACACCCGCCAGCGUAACUUUACGUGGCCUGAGCCCGAUCCACCGAAGCCAUGGUCUGGCGAUCAAGCUAGCCAGUUUGCCUUAUCACAAAAGGCUAUCGGGUUCAACUGCCUCGACUACUCUCAUAAUCCGGAGUCUACGCUGUACCGCCACCGUAUGCCUGAGAAGGAGUAUCUUGACGCGCACUGUAAGGACGGUAUCCGCAUUGAACUGAUGUUUCCAUCGUGCUGGAAUGGAAAAGACACGGACUCGGCAAAUCACAAGGACCACAUGGCUUACCCCAGCCUGACCAUUGAUGGAGACUGCCCGAAAGGUUUUGAACAGCGUGUCCCUUCACUCCUCUACGAAACCAUCUGGAACACGUAUGCAUUCAAGGACCAAGAAGGCGAGUUUGCGCUUGCCAACGGCGACACGACUGGCUGUGGCUACCAUGGAGACUUUAUUACUGGGUGGGAUGUCGGGUUCCUUCAGAAUGCAGUCAAUACUUGCACCAACCUGUCCGGAAAUAUCGGGGACUGCCCCAUCUUCACGCUACAGAGCGAGACGGAGGCAGCGAAAUGCAAGAUGGACAUGCCCAAGAUGCUGAAUGACGAUGACUGCAAGGGACCGCGUCAGGGUCUUCCCGGUAACGUGGCCGUCCAGGCAGGACCGGAGUAUGCUACGAUGAACUCUGGCAACAAGCCAGUAUCGCUAUACACGCCUCCAGCCAUCAACACCAAGGCACCAGUCCCAAGCUUCCAGCAGGCUACCACUGCUCUUACAGACGCGUAUGGCGGUGGAAUCAGCGUUGCCGCGGUCAACCACGCCGUGUCGAAUCCAGUACCGAGUCCGGUAGUCACGCCUGCUCCAGUUGCUCCAGUUGCUCCAGUAGGUCCAGUAGGUGGCGCCGGAGCACCGAGAAUCUUGUCAACGUCUACGUACACUAGCGCCGCAGCGGUGUAUGAGAUUGUGUACGAAGAGGUGGACAUUACAGUGACGGCAAACGCGCCAGCGCCAAGUGCGCCAAAGCACGUGGCUCCCCGUCACAAUCACAAUCACCAUCGCCGUGACGGACACUUCUAGGUACGACAUGGGGGUUGUAGGGUAGCAGGUUUUGAUAUGUUGCUGCAUCAGCAUGCAUGGUGGCGUUUUGUUCUUCUCUUCCUUGUAUGUAUGAGAUUUCGUCUUUUUUUCCCUAGUCUCUUCUUUUCUGGCAUAUCAGUAGUGCGGCGCAGGCUCAGCUGUUCUUACCGAAUCGGGAAUGCCGCCUGUAGGGUAGUACAUACUGAGGUACGUACGUACAUAUGUGGUUGACACAUGGACGCUGUAGAUACAGAUACUUGCGGUGUGACAGAUAGAUUGGCAAGCCAGGCGCAUGGCACGUCGAAUAGGCAGGAAGACAAUGGAAAUCCAAAUGCAAGCUUGAACGUGAGUGCAGGCAACAAGUGACAGACAUGCCAAUUGCAGCCUCUGUGUCCGAGUCCGUGUCGGU